CCCGCGCCCCCUGCCGCCACCAUGUCCGUGCCGGUGCCCAGGACGACCACCCGGAGCAGCUCCGUCCGCUCCUUCAGCUCCCGCUCCUACACCGCCGGCCCCGCCGCCAGGAUGAGUGCGGCCUCGGCCUUCGGGGGCUUUGGGGGGGGCCGGUACAGCGCCGGGGGGCUCUACCGGGGCCCGUCCGCCUCCUGUGGGUCUGGGGGGGGCAUCACGGCCGUGAGCGUCAACCAGAGCCUGCUGACGCCCCUCAACCUGGAGAUCGACCCCAGCAUCCAGCGGGUGCGCAAGGAGGAGAAGGAGCAGAUCAAGACCCUCAACAACAAGUUCGCCUCCUUCAUCGACAAGGUGCGGUUCCUGGAGCAGCAGAACAAGAUGCUGGAGACCAAGUGGGGGUUGCUGCAGAACCAGAAGCCCCCCCGCAGCAACCUGAACGCGCUCUUCGAGGCGUACGUGGGCACCCUGCGGCGCCAGCUCGACAGCCUGGGCCAGGAGCGGCUGCGGCUGGAGGCCGAGCUGGGCAGCAUGCAGGGGCUGGUCGAGGAGUUCAAGAACAAGUACGAAGAGGAGAUCAACCACCGCACUGAGAAGGAAAACGAGUUCGUGCUGCUGAAAAAGGACGUGGAUGAAGCCUACAUGAACAAGGUGGAGCUGGAGUCGCGCCUGGAGAGCCUGACGGACGAGAUCAACUUCCUCCGGCAGCUCUACGAUGAGGAGCUGCGGGAGCUGCAGUCACAGGUGUCGGACACGUCCGUGGUGCUCUCCAUGGACAACAGCCGCAGCCUGGACCUGGACGGCAUCAUCGCCGAGGUGAAGGCGCAGUACGAGGAGAUCGCCAACCGCAGCCGCGCCGAGGCCGAGAGCAUGUACCAGAUCAAGUACGAGGAGCUGAAGACGACGGCGGGCAAGCACGGGGCCGACCUGCGCAGCACCCGCGGGGAGAUCAGCGAGCUGAGCCGGCUCGUCCAGCGCACCCAGGCCGAGAUUGAGGCGCUCAAGAACCAGCGGGCCAGCCUGGAGGCGGCCAUCGCGGAGGCGGAGGAGCGCGGGGAGCUGGCGCUGAAGGACGCGCGGGGCAAGCUGGCGGAGCUGGAGGCGGCGCUGCAGAAGGCGAAGCAGGAUCUGGCCCGGACGCUGCGCGAGUACCAGGAGCUGAUGAACGUCAAGCUGGCCCUGGACAUCGAGAUCGCGACCUACAGGAAGCUGCUGGAGGGCGAGGAGAGCAGGCUGGAGGCGGGCGUGCAGAACCUGAGCAUCCACACCAGGACGGCGAGCUACGCGGGUAAGGGGGGGGUCCCGGGGCUCACCCUCCCCUUCCCUCCCCCCCCCCCCCCCCUUCUCGUUGCAGCCGGCUACGGCGGGGGCUUCGGGGGGAGCCUCGGGGGGGGCUUUGGGAGCUCCUUCUCCAGCGGCUAUGCCGUGCCCCCCCCGCCCCUGGAGGGCUCCCCCGUGGCCAAGUCGCGCGCCAUCGUCAUCAAGAAGAUCGAGACCCGCGACGGCAAGCUGGUGUCCGAGUCCUCCGACGUGCUGGCCAACUGAGCCCCCCCGGGCACACCCGGAGCCGUUUGCGGCUGGAUCCGGACCCCCAGGAGGG